AUGCUCAAUUUACCUUACCUAAAGUAUACUCAUCUAGCUGGCAACCCUCUGAACUCGUCUGUUGAUGCCAAGCUCCAAGCAAUUUGCCAGUCCCUGGAGAGCUCUGGGAAGAAUAAUGUUAACAUCGAAUCGAAGCCUGAACCGGUUGUUUCAUUGCUGACCGUUGAGACUGAGGAGUCCUGUUCUUCUUCUUCUGUGGUGACGGGGGCAACGAGUUUUCCAGUUUCAGAGAUCGAGAGCUUGGAUUUCAAUGAGGUGUCGUGGGAAGAUGCCGAGGACUUUGUGUUGAGGAAAUACCCAACUUAUGAGAUUGAUUAG